CUCUCGCUCUGCCUCUCUCUGUAGGCAAGGCAUUUGUUCCCAAGCAGCGGCCCAUCGAGUCUCGUCAGGAAGACGUAACGACCCUUGACCCGGAACUAGAAGAGGCCCUGUCCAGUGCUACCGACACUGAACUCUGUGACCUGGCAGCCAUCCUAGGUGUCCAUACCCUGGUGACCAGCACCCAGAGCUACGAUGGAACCAGCAGUAAAGACGGAGGAUACAACAACGUGGUGAAGGGGAGAAGAUGAACCCCGUGUUUGAUGAGCCUCCCAACCCCACUAACGUAGACGACACUCUGCAGAGGAUAAAAAACAACGACGCUGCGCUGACGGAGGUUAACCUCAACAACAUCAAGAACAUUCCCAUUCCCACGCUGAAGGAGUUUGCCAAGGCCAUGGAGAGGAACACACACGUCAAGAAGUUCAGCCUCGCCGCCACACGGAGCAACGACCCCAUCGCUGUGGCGAUGAGUGAGAUGCUGAAGGAGAACAAGUCGUUGCGGAGUCUCAACCUGGAGUCUAACUUCAUCACCAGCGCUGGUGCUGCUGCUCUGGUGGACUCUCUCCGAGACAACGACACACUGACUGAGAUCAAGAUAGACAACCAGAGGCAGCAGCUGGGGACUUCAGUAGAGAUGGAGAUGGCUAAGAUGCUGGAGGACAACAACAGCAUAGUGAAGUUCGGCUACCACUUCUGUCAGCAAGGCCCGCGGGCUAGAGCUGCUGCUGCUAUCACCAAGAACAAUGACCUGAUCCGCAAGAGGCGAGUGGAGGGGGACCAGUAAGGGGCGGAGCCUGUCAUGUCUCCCAGAUCUGUCCCGUCGUCUCAUCUCGCCGUAUGGAAUACAUUUUCAGCCAAUCCCCUGGUCUCAUCUCACCGUGGACGUUAAGUCUUGUGCCAAAACCCGGAGCAAGGCGCCCUCAACCAGACGGGGACUGCGAGUCCCAAAUGGCACCCUUGUUCCCUACGUAGUGCACUACUUUUGAUCCGAGCCCUAGGGGCUGUGAUCGUGCCCUAUAGAGAAUAGGGUUCCAUUUGAGACGCAGGUAACAUCAUCUAUCUGAGGAG